UUGCCAAGCGCUUAGUACAGUGGUCUGCACACUGUAAGCACUCAAUAAAUACGAGUGAAUGAAUGAAUUUCAGGGAUAUCGAGAGAUGGCUACGCGUAGUUUUUUUUACAAAGUAAGGAGCAGAAUGGCUUUCAGCUAAUCCCCAGUAGUUCCCUUAUUGUGGCCAACAAGACCAUCCUGUUCACUAACGUCAUUUCACACCUAUUGGACUCCUGCAGGAACUGAUGUGUUCCUUAAACUGCUAAGGCCCGGGAAGGACCAGAGGGACGAUUGUCAUUUUAGAGAGGGAACUGUACUUCAUCCUUUCCGGCGUCAAAGCUGAGGGAGAGAUUAAAAAAUACUGCCCCUCUCCUUAAAAACGGCUCAGAACUAGUAUUGGGCGGGGUGGGUAGUUAUCGAGUUAGGAAUUGAGGCACAGUAUUCUCAGGACUCAAGAAACAGGCAUGGCCCAAGAAAUUCCAAUGGAAUACGAACACAAGACCCUUCAAGGUUGUGGGCACCAAAGUUUACAGGUUAUGGAAAAUGAAGAUAAUACAGCUGACAGCAAAAAUCUCCAACCAGCAACUACAGUGAUAAAAAGCAUUACCUCAUUUACUCAAACGAUACAGGGGACAGCCUCUGCAGACCCCAAAGGGGUAGAAGGAAAUGAACAAACGGAACAAAGUGCUGUGGUCAACAGUGGAGAGCAGCAGCUCCCAGACCCACAGACGGAACCCCAGCCCUUGGGGAAACUGAGGCAGAUAUGUGCUUGUCCGCCCCAUGGUAUACUGGAUCUGAUAAUCACAAAUGUUACCAUGGUGGUUUUGUUGUGGGCUGUCAUCUGGUCCAUUACUGGCCGUGAAUGUCUACCUGGUGGAAACCUAUUUGGAAUUUUACUCAUGUUCUAUUGUGCUGUCAUUGGAGGUAAACUUUUGGGACUCAUUAAAUUCCCUUCAUUGCCUCCACUACCUCCUCUUCUUGGAAUGCUGCUUGCCGGUUUUCUCAUCAGAAAUACUCCAGGCUUAAGUGAUCAAGUCCAGAUCAAACGGAAGUGGUCUUCUUCUUUGAGAAAUAUAGCCCUUGCCAUUAUCUUGGUGCGAGCUGGGCUUGGGCUGGAUUCAAAGGCCCUGAAGAAACUGAAGGCCGUUUGCUUGAGACUCUCCAUGGGUCCGUGCCUUGUAGAAUCAUGUUCAGCUGCUGUGAUUUCCCACUUCCUUUUGCAUUUGCCGUGGCAGUGGGGAUUUAUUUUAGGUUUUGUCUUAGGGGCGGUGUCUCCUGCAGUUGUGGUCCCCUCAAUGUUGAUUCUGCAAGAAGGAGGCUAUGGGGUUGACAAGGGCGUCCCCACUUUGCUCAUGGCUGCAGGAAGUUUUGAUGAUAUUCUGGCCAUCACUGGUUUCAACACAUGCUUAGGCAUGGCCUUUUCUACAGGUUCCACCCUUCAUAGUGUCCUUCGAGGAGUGUUGGAGGUUGUAGCUGGCGUGGUGGCGGGCGUUCUCUUGGGAUUUUUUAUUCGCUACUUUCCAAGCCCGGAUCAGGAGAGGCUUAAAUGGAAGAGAGCCUACCUUGUUUUGGGCCUGUCAGUGUUCGCUGUCUUUGGCAGUUUGUUCUUUGGCUUUCCUGGCUCCGGAGGGCUGUGUACCCUUGUCCUGGCUUUCCUGGCAGGUGUGGGAUGGUCUGGUGAAAAGGCUGAUGUUCAAAAAAUAAUUGCCGUUGCUUGGGAUGUUUUUCAACCCCUUCUCUUUGGUUUGAUCGGCGCUGAAGUGUCUGUGGCAUCUCUCAAACCAGAAACUGUUGGGCUUUGUGUUGCCAUUCUGGGCAUUGCUCUGGUGAUGCGGAUUCUAACCACGUUCCUGAUGGUGUGUUGUGCUGGCUUUAACCUAAAAGAGAAGAUAUUCAUUUCUUUGGCCUGGGUUCCCAAAGCCACAGUUCAGGCUGCAAUUGGAUCCUUGGCUUUAGAUACAGCAAGGGCUCAUGAAGAUAAACAGCUGGAAGAUUAUGGAAUGGAUGUGUUGACCAUAGCCUUUUUGGCCAUCCUUAUCACAGCUCCAAUUGGAGCUCUGAUUAUUGGGCUCAUGGGCCCAAAACUCCUUCUGAAAAUGGAUUCGAUUACAAAUGAAAAUGAUGGUGAAGUUUCUGGGCCAGUUUAGAGAUGAUAAAUUGCGGAGAACUACUUCCACUCCAUACUGACAAGCAUUUUAAAAAUAAAAUGGGGAGUGAUCAUGUGAACUGAUUGGUUUUCAGGUAGAACUGAACUGAAGCAUUUAGUGUGGUGUUCUGCCUACAAUCAGUAGCAUUCGUUCAGUAGUAUUUAUUGAAUGCUUACCAUGUUCAGAGCACUGUACUAAGCGCUUAUGUAAU